AUGGAGACGCAGUAUAGAAGAAGGGGAGCAAGAGGAGGAACAUUUCUACAGAAAAGAAAAGAGAGAAAGACAUCCAAACAAAAUGGAAUCUUCAAUCUUUCACAAAAGGAAUUAACUAAGCCUCAAAUGAGUCUACUAGCCAAGGGUCUGAAAUUUGCUCCAACUAAGCCAAUAGACAAAUUUAGUGUGUAUUUAGACCUUAAUCGAUUUAAACGUAAGCUUUGUCUAAAAAAUUUUUUUUUUAAACAUCCAGUUACUUAUAACCCUAUAGGUAUUUACGAGUCAGAUAUUAUCCAUACAGACCUAAAAGAGAACUCCAUCUUCUUUCCUCGCCAUUUUAUUUUUGAAGAAAUGACGACGUUCGAAAAGAUGGUAAUGAGCGAUAUCAACAAAAUUAAGAAACCUAAGUCAG